UGGACUAUGUCUUUGGCUGACACAACAAAAGUACACACAAAUGAGCAUUUCCCCAGCCUGGCACUAGGAAGCACCAGGUCUGCAGAAGGCAGGAGUGCCCCGGGGGCUAGCCGGCUCUCAGGAGACAGCGGGGAUUCCAACGGGAGCGUGGACUACAGCCGGUCCCAGUGCUCCUUCCGAAGCCUGACCUCUCACUACGACUAUUCGGAAGACUUCCUCUCUGACUGCUCAGACACAGCUGCUAACAAACUUCAGCCAGAGCCGAGUCUGGGGAUAGAAAGGGAGAAAAGGAAGUAUACUGCUUCUAAACUCUUUCGGCCUAAAGGCCUGAAGUACAUCCCAACUGAGAAAAAGCCUAUCUGGAAUGCUUCAUUUUUCAAUUCUCAAAUCCAAACAAUUGCCAAGAGAAGAGACGCCAUGACACAUCGAAUACUGUCAGCCAGGCUUCACAAGAUUAAAGAGCUGAAGAAUGAGUUAGCUGACAUCCAUCGAAAGCUGGAAGCUACUCUCAUAGAAAACCAAUUUCUGAAACAACUUCAGCUUAGGCACCUGAAAGCUAUAGGGAAGUAUGUGAACUCACAAAACAAUCUACCUCAGAUUACAGUCAAGCACCAAAACGAGGUGAAGAGCCUUCGCCAGCUCCUCCGGAAAUCCCAAGAGAAGGAGCGGACGGUGUCUAGGAAACUCCGAGAAACGGACAGUGACUUACUGAGGACCAAAGAUGCCUUGCAAGCCCUACAGAAACUCUCAGAAGACAAGAACCUUGCCGAGAGAGAAGAGCUAACUCAAAGGCUUACCAUUCUUACAGCCAAAAUGGAGGCAAAUGACAAAAAAAUACAGAACUUGGAAAAGCACCUGAGGCUGAACAACCAAUCCUUUGGUAGGCAGUUGGCCAAAGAAAACCGGAAGACGCUAGCAGCUCAAACAGCGACCAAGAAUCUGCAGGGCCAAGUGAAGCAGCUGCAGCAGAAGCUGAAGGAGAAGGAUCGUGAGCUGGAAAUCAAAAACAUCUACACUAAUCGAAUACUUAAAAAUUUACAGGAGAAGGAGGAUUACCCAAAAGUUUCUUCAACAAAAUCAGUACAAGCAGACAGGAAAAGUUUGCCGUUUGUAAAUAUAAGACACCAAGAAACCCAAAAGUCAGAUGUCCCACCUUGGACAACUAAGCAAACCUCACUGCUGCGAAGAGCACAUUGCCUGCUCACGCUCCCCGGGGACUGGCGGCCACCGAGCAGACCGCUCCUCUGGAGAGUCACUCUCGUGCUCAACCAGAGUUAUCAAAGGAGGUCGAACACCCAAACCCACAAGCCUCUCUGGAAACUAUUAGGAGGCAAAACGACAAAUGGGAAGAGGAAGAGAAGAAAGCCACGCCACCAGACGCAGAGCCACCCACAAGAGGAAGAGAGGCGCCUACUGAUGUGGAGAUCGAGGCCCCGGCCAGGGCAUCGAGCAGGGUGGCCAAGGUGGUGGAGGCCGGGGAUUCGGAGACCGUGCAUGGCCACAUCAAGAUCCCACGGCCUCGGAAGCACUACUCCUUCACGGAGGCCACCGAGGCCCUGCACAAUGGGCUGCCCACGCCCUGCGUGCAGGGCAGCCCUCGCUGCCGCCAAGGCGUGGGCAAGCACCGCAGCAACCAGGAGCUGCGGCUGGAGCCCAGCGGCUAUGAACCCUCUUUCGGCAAGGCAGCCAGGGCCAGGGCCAAAGAGACGGCAGCGUUCCGGGACAAGAAGAGCAGUCUCAUGGAGGAGCUGUUUGGUGCGGGCUUUGCAGCUAGGGCCGGCCCUGCCAAGGGCGAGGCGCUUGGCAAGGCCCAGCAGCUUGGCCAGGCCUCAGCCAGCAAUGCCUUCGGGGACUCCAGAGCCACCGUGGUGCACUCCAUCCAGGCCUCGCCGGAAGGAAAGAGGAAAACAGUUCUUUAAAUGCGAAGGUAGCCUAAUACAUUGUGCACUUCUAUGGGUGCCUUUAGUCUGACUGUGAGAGGGCUUACAUAGUGUUUUAGUACUUGGGUGGACUGUGGGUAAUUUGAGUAAUUUGCUUUAUUGCUAUCUAAUAAAAACUCCAGUGUACCUUGGUCAUAUGGUAAGGUUUUAAAUGUAAAUCUACACCUUUAUUAUGAAGGUGGAGCGUGCUCUCCAGGAAGACGGGGCUUCUCACGUAGCUCAGGCGUACCAAUUUCUGUCAUCAAGACUGUUGUCACAACUGCAUGGAGGAGACACUGCCAGCAAGAUGGCAGCAGACACAGAAAAUCCCACAACAGGGCUUCAGGCUUGGCCGGAGUGUAAGGGGCGGCCGCAGAAGCCUGUGUUUUCUGUUACUGUUGAGACUUAUUAUUUCUUCUUGUUACAUAAGGACCAUCUCUCUUGGCCUUAUUCUACAACUGCAUGCUCAAGCUGGCUGCUCAGGCCUGAUUCUAACGGUUUUGUCAGGAGAUGAAGGGCCUGUAUUCCCGGCCCACACUGUGCAGCUUGCCUUCAGCUAGCCGUAAGAGCAGCUUACUCAUCUAGACCUGGUCACACGCCUCCAGACGUUUAAGGGGCUGGUGUAUGCUAACACUCGAACGCUGAGAGCAGGGCUGAGUGUGGCCCAGUGGCAGGGUUACUGCGGAGGGGCGAUGACGGACGCUGGACAUGGCUGGCUGUGACUGCUCCACCUGCAUCGCAGCCCCUGGA